GACGGAACACAUACUGGUUGGAGGUGGUUGAGUAUAGACGCUUGAUAGUCACACGGUACGAAAGAUGUGGGGCUCUCAGUAAAGGUUCAACGUUUAUGCACAGAUAAUGUUUCACUUCAUUGGUAGAGUAACUUUGUUUUACGGUUUGUUGUGUGUGCUGUCUCUGGCGGUGGCCCAAGAGAGUCGAUUAACGUGCGGUAGACGCAAAGUGAAGUCGGUUUACCUCAUCCACAAUGGCAUUGACGCCAAGGCCGGUCACUGGCCGUGGCAUGCGGCGAUCUUUCAUCGAAAGGGCGAGCAGAAUGAGUACGCUUGCGGUGGUGCGGUAAUUGAUGAGAACACUGUUCUCACUGCGGCACACUGCAUCUACACAACGAGAGGUAUAAUCCCAAAAACCCUGGUAACAGUGCAUCUUGGACAAUUGGAUCUUAAAGAAAAAGAUGAAUACACACAGACUCACAGUUUGCAGGAAAUUAUACUACAUCCUAAAUACAACUCCUCAAGUAUUAUCAACGACAUUGCUCUACUCAAGCUGAGCUCGCACAUCACCAUGACGAAGUACGUGCAACCCGUCUGUCUGUGGACAAUGGACAGCAAGCUGGAUAUGAUCGUGGGUAGAAACGGAACGAUUGUUGGAUUUGGACUGAACGAACAGGAUGUAGUUUCGGAGCAGCUCAAACAAGCAUUGAUUGGUGUGGUCGAUCCGUUGACAUGCAUUGCAAGUGAUCGUAGCGUGUUCGGUACGCAUCUGACGUCGGACAUGUUCUGUGGAAAAGGACAGACGGGUGUGAGUGCGUGCAAUGGAGAUAGCGGUGGCGGUAUGUUCUUUGAGGUCGGCGGCAAAUGGUUCGUGAGAGGCUUGGUAUCGUUUACUCCACUGCGUGGAAAUACCGGACUGUGCGAUCCUCUCAAGCACACCGCCUAUACCGAUGUAGCCAAGUAUCUAGAAUGGAUUUCCCAGUACAUUGAUCAGCGAGUGUUAUCCUUCGAGAACGACGUGCUGGACAUAGAUUAUGAAGAAAAGCUACGACUGUUCAUCUUUGGUACUUGCGGUGUGAAAUCUUCAACUAUGUUAAAUGAUGGAUCGAGCUGGACGCUUCCCUGGCUUGGAUUUGUUAUCGUGUCUGGAUCUGCUGACAAUCUCCGCAGUGCAAGAUGUGUGGUGACAUUAAUAAGCGAUUGGUACGCGAUUGGCCCUGCACAUUGUUUUGCUAACGACGGUAUCGAACGAUCAAUUCUACUCGGAGGACCAUCGGAAUCGACAAAAUCAGAAUGUUUUGAUCGUCAUGGAAGCACACAAUGUACUCAUCCGACCCAAACGGUGCAGAUUGAAAGAAUUAUCACCCAUCCGAAGUACGAUAGCAAUAACUUUGGGAAUAAUAUAGUGCUGAUUGAGUUGCUGGAAGCUGCCAAUACAACACAGCCGAACGUGAAGCCCAUCUGUGUAUCAGCUAUUCCAGAGCUACGAACCAAUGAGAUGACCAACUUAUCCGUGGCAACCUAC